AUGAAGGAAAACCAGAAACACGUCUACUACAUUACUGGCGAGAACAGAGAUCAGGUAGCCAACUCCUCAUUUGUGGAGAGGGUGAAGAAGCGUGGCUAUGAAGUUGUUUACAUGACUGAGCCGAUCGAUGAGUAUGUAGUACAACAGCACCGAGAAUUAGACGGGAGGACUUUAGUGUCUGUCACAAAGGAAGUGGUAUCUGUGAGGAUGCUCAAGACAGACCAGCUCAGCAAUGAGUGGAAGUACAGCCUACAACAUGCACAGCAGGAAGAUUCGGACAUUAAGCCGAUUCUGGAAUGGAUGAAGGCCAGUGCUCCUAAGCCCAAGUGGAGCCGCGUCUCAGCAAUGAGUUCGACCACGAAAAGCUAUUGGGCCCAAUGGGACAGCUUGCUGAUUCAGGAUGGAGUCCUGUGCCGUAAAUGGGAAAAUGGUCUGGGAGACAGAUGUCAUUUGCAAAUGGUUGUCCCUAAGGCUAAAGUACCGGAUGUUCUACAGCAGUACCAUAGUGGUUGUUCAGGAGGCCACCUGGGAGUUAAACGAACUUUACUGAAGAGCCGAGAAUGGUUUUACUGGGUCCACUGUCGUGACGAUGUCGAGGACUGGUGCCGCAAAUGUACAAGUUGUGCGGCUGUAAAGUGA